AUGACGGUGGAUGUGUUACUUGGUCUUGAUGCUGCCUCCUUGAUGGCACCAUUGGAUGUGAGGCGUGGUGAGUUUGGGGAACCAUAUGCAGAGCUGACAUCACUCGGUUGGGUAGUUGCUGGUCCGGUGCCGGUCUCGAACAGUCAAGGAAAGCGUAUAUUGCGGGUGCAAGUGUCAGAAGAAGAGCAAGAUGCCAAUUAUCAAUUGCGAAAGUUUUGGGAGAUCGAUACUUUCGGAGUUCGUGUAGAAGCCACCACCCAGUUUACGCGAAGCGACCAAAUAGUCAUGGACAUGAUGAAUGAAACGUGUCGUAAAGUAGAAUCAGGUUACGAGAUGGGAUUGCUUUGGAAAGUUGAUAGACCACCAUUACCGAACAACUUUGAGACAGCCUUGAGUCGUCUAGAGUCUGUAGAACGACGUCUACAGAAGGAUCCCAAACUUGCUGAGGGAUAUUGCAAAGCCAUCAACGCAUAUGUGGAGAAAGGGUUUGCCCGCAAACUGACGCCUGAAGAGCACAUUGUUAAUGGAGAACAAUGGCUGCUGCCACACCACCCAGUAAUCAGUCCACACAAACUAUUACCAAGAGUUGUGUUUGACUCUGCAGCAAAACACAAGGGUGUCUGCCUCAACGACUGCCUCGAAGCAGGGCCAAGCCUUCAUAAUGAUCUGCCAGGUAUCUUGUUGCGGUUCCGUGAACGACCGAUUGCACUCGCAGGUGACGUCUCAGAUAUGUUCUGCCAUGUUCGCUUGAGAGAAGAAGACUGCAAGUAUCAUCGAUACCUGUGGCGUGACAUGGACUCAACCAGACCACCAGACGUCUAUGAAAUUAACUGCCUAGUGUUUGGUGACAAGUCGUCACCAUGCGAGGCAAAUUUUGCCGUUAUCCGAACGACAGAGGAUAACAAAAAGCAAUGGCCAGAAGCAGCUGCUGCCGUGAGACGUGACAUCUUUGUCGACGACUUCUACUCUUCCUGUGUUGGUGUGCCCCAAGCGGUGACUUUACGAACAGACGUCACUGCUCUGAUGGCUAAUGGAGGUUUUCCUAUGCGAAAGUGGCUGUCAUCAUCGCCAGACGUACUAUCAACAAUACCCGAGGCCGAUCGAGCCAUUUCAAAUGAAAUCCUACAACAUGGUGACCUGCCAUCUGGGCGAGCAUUAGGGAUCAGAUGGGAUGCGCAAUCAGAUACUCUAGGACUUGCCUAUGCUCAUCUUGAUCGUCCAUCUGUGCAAUUGACGAAACGGGGUGUUCUUACGAAAUUAGCUGGCCUAUAUGAUCCAUUGGGAUGGUCAAGUCCAUUUACGGUUCGUGCGAAGAUUAUCCUGCAACGAACAUGGUCCCGGGGCCUAGAUUGGGACAUGCCCUUGCCAACUGAUAUUGCUGCUGAAUGGUCAAAGUGGGAGUCCGAGAUGCCUGCUCUAAAGUCCUUUGCUGUCCCUCGUUAUGUCUACAGUUUGUCAGCAGAAACGUUAACGAGAGAACUUGUGGUUUUCUGUGACGCAUCCGAGGAUGCCUGCGCUGCUGUCGCCUACGUACGUGCCACUUUGACUGACGGGGAGAUUACGUGUCAUCUAGUGAUGGCGAAGACACGCCUUAUGCCACUGAAGACCAUAUCGAUACCUCGCGGAGAGUUGAUGGGUUGUCAACUAGCAGUGCGCCUCGCGAAGACUAUCUGUGAACAGUUAGAUCUGAGCAUGUGCCACGUAACGUACUUGACGGACUCGACGACGGCGAUCUGGUGGAUCCGUGGUGAGCCCCGCAACUUUCGACCCUUUGUUGCAAAUCGUGUGGCUGAGGUGAUAUCUGAAAGCGAUCCAGGGCAAUGGCAUCACGUACGGACGAAGUUGAAUGUAGCAGAUAUCGCAACCAGGGGAGCAGCUGCCGUUGACAUUCAAGGAGAGUCAUGGUGA